GACCUGAAAAAUGGCAUCCGGACAAGGUCCAGGGCCUCCCAGUCAGGAGUGCAAAGAGCCUGACCUGUCCUCCGCUUCGGAGGAGCAAGUAGCCCAGGACACGGAGGAGGUUUUCCGCAGCUACGUUUUUUACCGCCAUCAGCAAGAACAGGCUGAGGGAGCCGGGGCCCCCGCUGACCCAGAGAUGGUCACCUUGCCCCCAGAACCUAGCAGCACCAUGGGGCAGGUGGGUCGGCAGCUGGCGCUCAUCGGGGACGACAUCAACCGGCGCUAUGACUCUGAGUUCCAGAUCAUGUUGGAUCAACUGCAGCCCACGGCGGAAAAUGCCUAUGAAUACUUCACCAAGAUCGCUAAAAGCUUGUUUGAAAGUGGCAUCAACUGGGGCCGAGUGGUGGCUCUCCUGGGCUUCGGCUACCGCCUGGCCCUGCACGUCUACCAGCACGGCCUGAGGGGCUUCCUGGGCCAGGUGACCCGCUUCGUGGUGGACUUUAUGCUGCAUAACUGCAUCGCCCGCUGGAUCGCACAGCGGGGCGGCUGGGUGGCAGCCCUGGACUUGGGCAACGGCCCCAUCCGGAAUGUGCUGAUUGUUCUGACCGUGGUUCUCCUGGGCCAAUUUGUGGUACGAAGAUUCUUCAAGUCAUGACCCCCAGAGAAGCCCUUUGGGGUCCCAGCUGAGACCCCUGGCUGGACUUCAGUCAAGCCUUCUCCCCUAACUGCCCCUGCAAGGGGUCCUUCCUCAAGAGUACAGAAGCUUUAGUAUGUUGGGCACUCAAGCUCUGGAGGCCCCUUGUUCAGAGUCAGUCUGCAGAGUGCCCCAAAAUUGCAUGGUGCUAAAUGGGCCCCCUCCCUGGGCCUCAUCCUGUCAGAGAGGGGCUGUAGCUUCCUUAGUUCUGUGAGACCCCCUUCGGCCCUGUUUUCUGGGUUUCGGAGAGGAUGACAACUUGGGGGGAGUAAAAGGCUGGGAACCACUUCUCCCCCACCCCACCCGAGGAGUUUUUAAUGGUUUGUUUUAGGUUUUUGUAAUACCCUUGGGAGGAUCCCUGCCUUCUCACCACUGUGCCUAAGGCCAGGAUAGGCUGGUAGGCCCCCCUACAUUCCCCAGGACUUAACUGUUCUGGACGUUCAGAAUUUAGGCCGGCCUGAUGCUCAGUCCUGGCCCUGUGAAGCAUCGUGUGCCCCUGCUUCAACUCCCCUACCCCGUAUUUCCUUGGCAGUUGGACUCUCAGGGAUUCUGGGCCUGGGGUGAGGGUCCAGGCCAGCGCUGUCUGAAUUCAUCCAUCAGGGCCCCUAAGCCUGCCUCCUGAGGGCCUCCGUUCUCUCCCUCCCCCUCACAUUACACCACUGCACUUGUCCUCCAUCACUCCACAACAGGAAGGGCAAGGCCCUGGCCGAGGGGAGUGCUGGGUCCUCCUCCUCCUUGUCCAGAAGGGCUUCAGACUGUGGUUGGUUAUUGUCAGGGAAAAAGGGGUCGGCACUCACCUUGAGGAUUCCCAGUAAGAGAAGGGCUAAUACCACCACUAGGAACCCCAGGGUUGGGAUUCUCCCUCAUGGCCUGGGCACAGUGUAAUCUGGGGGUGUGGAUGGGAGAACUGAAUACUUGAACUCUACUCUCCAAUCCCUCCACCCUCCAUACCUGCCUAAACCCGCCCUGUGGGUAGGGGUGGGAGUGCCUUGCCUACCUUGCACAGCCCAGGGGCUUGGAGAUAAGGGGAGAGAAGUUCUUGAUUAAGCCAAAUGCAGGGAGGGGAUGCAGCCUGCUGAUCACCCCCCACCCUCUGAGCGUGUCUGAAAAUAAAUUACAA